GUUUCCAUCAGAUGGAAGACACUGCCAGGGGGAGGAGUCAGUGAGUAUAAAGGCUGGAGACCAGUGGAGGCAGUUCACAUCCACCCGGGACAUCCUGAAGGUUUUGACAAGGCUCUACCUUCUGGUGAAUAUUUGACCAUGGGAGGAAACUCGAGCUCAGAACCUGAACCAUGUCCCACUUUUGAUCAACCAUGGAGGAAGAUAGACUGGGGAAGCAAAGAGGAGAACCUCCGUUUUGCCACUGAGUAUCAACCUUUGAAAGAUGACAUCAAACAUCUGCGGAUUCUCCUGUAUGGACCAGUUGGAGCUGGAAAGUCCAGCUUCAUCAACUCCAUCAGUACCGCCCUGACCAGCAGGAUGGUGCUUACAGCUGCAGUCAAUGCAAACAAUAAAGCCAAAAGUUUCACCAAUCAGUACACGACUCACAAAAUCCUGAAGGGAAGAGGAGUUUACUGUUCAUUCAUCUGCAACGAUAUUAUGGGGCUUGAGGAUGGAGAGGACGUCGGAGUUCGGGCUGAAGACAUCAAACUGGCCAUGGAGGGACAUGUGGAGGACGGCUACAAGUUCAAUCCAGCAUCUUCACUUUCAAAGGACGAUAACAAAUACCGGCCAUGUCCCACUCCAGAUGAAAAAGUCCAUGUGUUGGUUUGUGUCCUUAAUGCCAACGCAUUAGAAAUUAAGCCCUCAGUCAUCCAGAAGAUGAAGGCCAUCAGAGAAACAGCCAGAGACAUGGGGAUUCCUCAGCUGGCGAUCGCCACCCAAAUCGAUGAAGCCUGUCCAGAAAUCCAAAAGGACCUGAAGAACGUCUAUAAGAGCAAACAUCUGAGGGAAAAGAUGUGUUUUCUCAGCUCCAACGUGGGAAUUCCAUUGAACUGCAUCUUUGCAGUGAAAAACUACAGUGACGGAGACAACAACUGUGACGACAACAUGGACACGCUGAUCCUGACGGCACUGAGAAGCAUGCUGAAUGUAGGAGACGACUUCAUCAAUGCCAUGUAAAACAUCUGCACACUCAAAUAUACAGUUGUAUUUAAGUCCAUGUUUUCACCCAGAGAAACAUCAUCACAUACAGAUAUGGAUUAAAUAUUAAAUUUUAUGUAAAGGUUCAUCCUCAGUGGUGAGUAAACUCUGUUACUUGGCUGUUGGGCUUCGGUCAAUCCAUGAUUAUAACCUCCGCCAAGUUUCACUUGGCGGAGGUUAUGUUUUCAUCAAGGUUUGUCUGUCUGUCUGUUUGUCUGUUAGUAAGAUAACUCAAAAAGUUGUGGACCGAUUUUCAUCAAAUUUUCAGGAAAUGUUGAUACUGACACA